AUGGAGUUCCUGAGCCCUCAUGCAAAUGUCCCCUCGCCACGGGUGUUUGAUUGGGCGUGUGAGUCCGAUCCGACAUACACCGUCGGCGUUGGUUAUAGAAGUUGGAUGGUAAGCCCCUGGACUGGCAAGGCGCAGCCAUUACACAGAAGGAAAAGGUGGUGCGACAGCUUGCCGAGAUCAUGCUUGAGAUUGAAGCACACCCUUUUGAUGGGCUGGAAUCGCUUGUGGCGACAAGAGAAUCAUUUGGAAACGAGGCAACACCCCGGACUUCUGCUCUUGAGUCGCAGCCAGAACUGGAAGGGGUGGCCAAAUAUUCUACUGUCCGGUCGGGUAAUGAUGCUAGGCUACUACGGCCAUUCAGUCCAUCCAGGGAAGCCUCUCGCACGCUCGUAGAAGCAAGCCUUCGAAUGAUCGCCGAGGGCAAAAUUGGGACAGCUGA